GAUCUGUGCGUACGAUGAGGCGAUGGACGCCACCACGCCGAACUGCGGCUUCCAGAUGCAGGAGAAGCUGGUGUCCGGCAUGUACCUUGGCGAGCUCGCCCGCCGCAUGCUUGUGCACCUCGCCGAGCUGCGCUGCCUGCCGGUUGUCCUUGCGUCCGCGAUGGCCAAGCCGUGGAGCUUCGAGACGAAGUUUGUGGGCAUGUUGUCCGCGGACCGCAUGCCAGGGCUGCAGUUCACGCGCGGCGUGAUCCGCAAGCUGUUCCGCGUGGACUUGACGAGUGUGGAGGACCUGCACGUGGUCCGCGACGUCUGCUGCCUGGUGCGUGGCCGCGCUGCGCAGAUCAGUGCCACGUUCUGUAGUGCGCCGCUCGCGAAGACGCACAAGCAGGGACGCGCGACGGUCGCUGUCGAUGGGUCUGUGUACGAGAAGAUGCCGUCGUUUCGCCGCCUGCUGCAGGACAAUAUGAACGCCAUUCUCGGUGCUGAGUGCGACGUGACAACGACGCUUGCGAGGGACGGCAGCGGCGUCGGCGCCGCCUUCAUCUCCGCGCUGGCCGUGAAUGACAAAUGA